AUGAAAGAUCACUUAUUUGCGGUGGUAGUAUCCGUUCUACUGUGUAUCGCUGCAGUAAAAUCAGAAGAUUCAAGAGAAAAAGAAUCUCGAGACGAUGAAAUAUUCGAUUUACCGCCGAUCACUUGUGAUAGCAAAUCUCCAUGUUCAUGCGAUGAGGACGAUGGUCGUGUAAAUUGUGAUGAGAUCAUUUGGACGACAGAAGAUGAAGAUGAACCAUUGUAUACGCCUUUGCGAAGUCCAAAUUUGACGGUCACCAAGAAAGGAUUUAAACCAAAAAUUGUUUCGUUCCGUCAUAACGAUAUCGCACGUCUCAAGAAAGGUGAAAUUCUACCGGGAAGCGAGAAAACGCUCGAGGAGUUGGAUUUUUCCUACAAUCGAAUCUAUAAAAUGGCCGAUUCGCUAUUUGAAACGAUGAUCAAAUUGCGCAUACUUCGAUUUAGUCAUAAUCACCUGAAACAACUGAAUAGAACUACAUUCAACGGUACUCUCUGGAAUAUGCAUCAGCUGUACUUGGACUGGAAUUAUUUCACCGAACUUCCAGAUAUUUUCGAAGAAUUACCGAAUCUGGAAAAACUCGUGCUGGAUGGCAAUAAGAAGUUGAAACUAUCAAAGAAACACCUCAGCUCGCACUUGAACAAAUUGAAAUUGCUCAGCUUGGAUGGGUGCAAUUUAAAAAAAUUGGAUGACGAUCUUUUCGAUGAUUUAACAAGUCUCGAACAACUGUCACUGCGAAAUAACCCGUUCACAGAAGUGCCAAAAGCACUGCAAGAUGUUCCAUCGUUGAUAUGGCUUGAUUUCAGUUCAACGCAUAUUAACGUUGAAUUCGCCAAUUUAACGCAUUUAUCAUCGAACCUUCUCGACACGAAUAAUUUGGUGAUGCUUAAAUUAGGUGGUAAUGAGUGGAAUUGUAUUUGUGAUAUGGUUUGGAUAUUCGACGCAGGCGUUCAGUUAGAUCAGGGCUCAAAAAUACCUAUUACUAGUAGUAGAAGCAGUGAUGGUAGUAGUACAAUUCAAAUGUGCUCAGCCGAGUGCACUUCAAGGACGUUCAUUGGCUUCUUUGAGCGCUCAGGAGUUCUGUCCAGGACGGUUGCGUAUCAGUCGACUGAUUCUAUCGCUAUUCGUAUUGUUAUCGGCAUCCUUAAUCGCCAUACUCUUCUAUUACAUUGCAACGAAUUAUCGUAUUCGAAAUAUUUUCUAUCGACCUGA